AUGCACCACCUGCUCGAACAGCCUGCGGACAUGGCGACAGCGCUGCUGGCGGGCGAGAAGCUGCGGGAGCUCAUCCUGCCCGGCGCCCAGGACGACAAGUCGGGCGCGCUGGCCGCGCUGCUGCUGCAGCUCAAGCUCGAGCUGCCCUUCGACCGCGUGGUCACCAUCGGCACCGUGCUCGUGCCCAUCCUGCUCGUCACGCUCGUCUUCACCAAGAACUUCGCCGAGGAACCCAUCUACUGCUAUACCCCUCACAACUUCACCCGUGACCAGGCCCUCUAUGCACGUGGCUACUGUUGGACAGAGCUUAGGGAUGCCCUGCCCGGGGUGGACUCCAGCCACUGGCCCUCCCUCUUCGAGCACAAGUUCCUGCCCUAUGCCCUGCUGGCCUUUGCCGGCAUCAUGUACGUCCCUGCCCUGGGCUGGGAGUUCCUGGCCUCCACCCGCCUCACCUCCGAGCUCAACUUCCUUCUCCAGGAGAUCGAUAACUGCUACCAUCGGGCGGCGGAAGGCCGGGCCCCCAAGAUCGAGAAGCAGAUCCAGUCCAAGGGCCCCGGCAUCACGGAGAGGGAGAAGCGCGAGAUCAUUGAGAAUGCCGAGAAGGAGAAGAGCCCCGAGCAGAACCUGUUUGAGAAGUACCUGGAGCGCCGGGGCAGAAGCAACUUCUUGGCCAAGCUCUACCUGGCGCGGCACGUGCUCAUCCUGCUCCUGAGCGUGGUCCCCAUCAGCUACCUGUGCACCUACUACGCCACGCAGAAACAGAAUGAGUUCACGUGCGCCCUGGGCGAGCCGCCCGACGGCCCCCGGGGCUCGGUGCGAGUCAGCUGCAAACUGCCCUCGGUGCAGCUGCAGAGGAUCAUCGCCGGCGUGGACAUCGUCCUGCUCUGCUUCAUGAACCUCAUCAUCCUCGUCAACCUCAUUCACCUCUUCAUCUUCCGCAAGAGCAACUUCAUCUUCGACAAGCUGCACAAGGUGGGCAUCCGCACGCGCCGGCAGUGGCGCCGCUCGCAGUUCUGUGACAUCAACAUCCUGGCCAUGUUCUGCAACGAGAACCGCGACCACAUCAAGUCUCUCAACCGGCUGGACUUCAUCACCAACGAGAGCGACCUCAUGUACGACCACGUGGUGCGGCAGCUGCUGGCCGCUCUGGCCCAGUCCAACCACGACGCCACCCCCACGGUCCGAGACUCGGGCAUUCAGACGCUGGAUCCCAGCGCCAAUCCCGCAGAAGGCGAUUCGGGGGAGCCCCCGGUGGUCAAGCGCCCCCGCAAAAAGAUGAAGUGGAUCCCCACCAGCAACCCCCUGCCCCAGCCCUUCAAGGAGCAGCUGGCCAUCAUGAAAGUGGAGAAUCACAAGGCAGACAAGCCCAAACCCGUGAGGAGGAAGACCGCCACGGACACGCUCAUUGCUCCCCUGCUGGAUGCCCGAACCGCUCACCACAAGGGGGCUGGCACUGGAGACCCCACGGCCCCUGGCCCUUCCUCCGCCCCACCGUCCGCCAGCAGCGAGAAGAAGCAUGCUAGGCAUUUCUCCCUGGACGUCCAUCCCUACAUCCUCAGCAGCAAGAAACCUAAACCAGAGCUUCCGCGCAUUGCUGCCCUGCCCACCUCCAAGAGCCAAGAGGGUGCCUUCCUCACCCAGGGGGAGGAUUGCGGAGGGACCCGCAGCAUGGCUCCUGCCAAAGAUCCCCCAGGCCCAGAAAAAGAAAUCCUGUACCCAGUGGAGCCAUGCCGGGCCAUGCCACCCCCUCCAGGAUCCUUCCAUGCCUGUCCUCCUACCACAACUGCUGGGGUCCCUGGGCCCCCGACUAGUGUCACCCCUGGCCUUGUGAAGCCUGAAUCCAUGGCUGUCUUGAGCCACAACUCCACCCACCCCCUGCUGCACAUUAGCACCUUGUAUGAGGACCACCGGGCAGAGGAAGAAGAGGAAGCCCCACCUCGAGCCUCCCCUGACAUGGCUGACCUCAUCACCAUCCCCCCCCCAAAGCAGAUUCUCAUUGCCACCUUUGAGGAGCCCCGGACAGUUGUGAGUACUGUGGAAUUUUAG